AUGGCUGCUCUACUAGACUUCCUCAGACAGCUGAUUCAGUUUUUUAUUACUGCAUCUUGCUAUGAUGAGAUAUUUGUCCGGCACAACUUUUUCCAUGUUGAAUGUCUAAAAUUGAUUGCUAGCAAAAUUAUUGGAUAUGGUAUCAUCAUUGGAUCCCUUUUAGUCAAAAUUCCUCAGAUUCUUAAGAUAGUUAAAGCCAAAAGUGGCAGAGGAAUCAAUCUGUUCAGUGUUUCAAUGGAACUGGGGGCCAUUACAGCUUCAGCAUGCUAUGGUUAUGCAGCAAGAUAUCCUUUCAGCUUCUUUCUGCUUUCAUUUAUUUCAUUUUCAUUUCAUGAUUUUAUUUUAUUUUUCUUGUUUCUUUUCCUUCUAUUUCUUAAUCUGUUUCUCUUUUUCUAUCCUAAUUUUUCUCUAUUUUCUUUUUCUCUUUUCUUUGUCACUUUUUCUUUUACCUUUUGGUUGUUUGACUGUUUUUCAUAUCCCCUUCCCUCUUGUUUCUUUCUUAUUUUUCUUUUUUUUCAAACUUUUGAUUGCCUCUUCUAUUCAUUUUUCCUUUUUUUCUUCCACUUCCUUUCAUAUAUUUCUUCAUAUUCCCUCAUUUGUCUCCUUUUAUUAUCUUUCAUUUUUUUCUUCCAUUUUCAUUCUGUGUGUAUUCCAUUUGGCUUUCAUACAGAUUUUUCUUUCCACUUCUCUUUUAAAUUGUUUUUUUGUUUAUCUUCCUUCCCUAAGACUUCACAUUCUAUUUUCUUUUUAUCUUUCUUUCACUGUUUUUUGUUUUUAUCUUUCUCUUUUUCUUCUUCCUCCUCUGAUAUUUUUCUACUUUUCUCUUAUUUUCUCCUUUUCUGUUUUUCUUUUCUCCUUCAACUCAUAUUUUAUUACAUGCCAUCUUUCUUUUCCUCUUUUUUAUUCAUUUAUUUCUUUUUUUCUUCUUUUUUUUUUUUUUUUUUUUUUUAUUUCUUUUCUUUGUCAUUUUUACUUUUAUAA